GCUGCAGUUCUUGUUUUGCUGGGAGUCUUUUGGACUCAGACUUCUGCAUUGGAUACCUUUGUCCUGCAUGAACCUGGCAAUGACUAUGUCACUGGAACUAUGACUAUCCACAAUGAGAACCAGAUUGUUGAAGUCCAUGUCCGUUCUGGCGUGUACUCCUCUGAUACCAUUUUUGACUACUCUCGUGGUUAUAUUGCAACAAGGUUAUUUUCACGAAAAGCCUGCUUUAUCAUGAAAAUAGAUAAGGAAUACAUCCCAGAGCUGCAAGAAAUUGGACGCCUGGCUUUUGAAAGACAGACUAUGAAGACAGUGUAUUCUCCAAAUAAUGUGUGGGUACAGUUUCAAUCUGGCCAUUCCCUGUUUGGGCGUAUCAAAGACUGGCUUAUCUAUGGUAAAGCCAUUGAAAAACUCUGCGCAGGUCUGCCUCUCUACCACCUUGAAAAGACUACAUCAAUACUGAAUGUUAAUGGCUGUUCCAAUGCUGGAAUUCCAAGCAUUUUGGGCAUUCAAAUCUGUGAAAAAGUCGAUUAGUCUGGAUCUUGGCGGCAACGUGACCUAGGCAUUGGUAUAUGCUUCAUGCCAAUGAAGAAACAGUAA